AUGGCUGAAGUACUUGUUUCUUUUGUCUUGGAGCAGCUGGCUUCAAUCGCUCGUCAAGAGUUGAAGCUUGUGGCGGGUGUUGAUGAUGACGUCCGAAAACUCACCAGUAAUUUUCGGUCCAUUCAAGCUGUUCUUGAAGAUGCAGAGAGCAGACAAUUCAAGGAUAGUGCUGUGAGGGAUUGGUUGGAUAAGCUUAAAGAGGCAGCUUAUGAUAUAGAUGAUGUGUUGGAUGAGUGGAACACUUCUAUUGGAAAAUUACAACUUAAGGAAGUUGGAAAUGCCUCCAAGCCUAUGAUAAAAAAGGUAUGUUCCCUCGUCCCUUGUUAUAGCUUUUGUUUCAGAAAAGUUAUCCUGCCUUGUGCCGUUGUUAGCAGGAUAAGAAGUCUAAAUAAAACACUAGAUGUUAUUGCUCGGGAAAAAGAUACGUUUCAUUUCAGUUUGAAAGAGCGCACUACAGAAAUAAGACGACCAAUGACUGCAUCUUUUAUUGAUGUACCAAUGGUUCAUGGAAGAGACGAUGAUAAGGAGAAGUUAUUAAACAAGUUGUUGAAUGAGAGUAGUCAAGAACCAGCCAUCUCUGUCAUUUCUAUUGUAGGGAUGGGAGGAAUCGGUAAGACUACUCUUGCUCGAUUAGUUUUUAAUAGUGAUAAGGUGAAAACCCAUUUUGACAAAAAAACAUGGGUAUGUGUCUCGGAACCUUUUGAUGAGAUUAGGAUUGCAAAAGCAAUCCUUGAAUCUCUUGGAGGUGAUGCAUCGAGACUAGGUGAACUAGAAACUAUAUUGCAACAUAUAAGUCAAUAUCUUGAUAGAAAAAAGUUUUUUCUUGUCCUAGAUGAUGUAUGGACUGAAGAUUCCAGAAAUUGGGAACAACUGAAAGAUUGUUUAAAGUGUGGCUCUCAAGGUAGUAGAAUUCUAGUUACCACACGUAAGGAAAAUGUUUCAAAAACUAUAGGAGCCACCAACAUGAUCAUGUUAGGGACAUUAUCAAAAAAUGAGUCUUGGUUGUUAUUUAGUCAAAUUGCAUUUCCAAGUGAAGCCAAUGAAAUAUUAGAAGAUAUUGGUAGAAAAAUUGUUGCUAAAUGCAAGGGCUUACCUCUCGCUAUAAAAACCUUAGGAAGCUUCUUGCGUUUCAAAACAAAUAUUGGAGAGUGGCAAAAUGUCCUAGAUAGUGAAAUGUGGGAAAUAGAAGAGGUAGAACAAGGGAUAUUUCCACCUUUACUAUUGAGCUAUUAUGAUUUGCCUUUUUCAUUGAAAAAAUGCUUCUCAUAUUGUGCUAUUUUCCCAAAAGAUCAUGAGAUAGAGAAAGAUAAAUUAAUUAAGUUAUGGAUGGCGCAAAGUUAUCUUAAGGAAGAGCGAAACAAAGAUAUGGAGUUAAUUGGGGAAGAGUAUUUUGAAAAUUUAGCAAUGCGCUCUCUUUUUCAAGACUUUAAGAAAAAUAAAUAUGAUGGUAGCAUAGAAAGUUGUAAGAUGCAUGAUAUAGUGCAUGAUUUUGCUCAAUUUCUUACAAAAAAUGAAUGUUUUAGUGUCGAGACUGAUAAUUACAAUGAGUUGCAUUUAAAAUCUUCUUUAAAAAAUGCUCGACACUCAAUGGUGAUUCUUAAAAGACGAGACUUUUUUCCUAUAGGCAUUGUUGAUGAAACUAAAUUGCGUAGUCUUUUGGUUAAGAGUCAAUAUUCGAGAAGCCAGCUGACUCUGUCCAAAUUAUUUGAAAACUUAAGUCUAAGAUCAUUACAGAUUGGUGGCUGUGAUAUUCAAGAAAUCCCUAGAGAAAUAAAAAAGAUGAUACAUUUGAGAUGUGAUAGUCUAACAAAAUUACCUGAAGAGAUGGGAAAGUUAAUCAACUUGAGGCAUUUUAUAAUUCGUACUUGUAGAGUAGAAUACAUGCCAAAAGGAAUUGAAGGAUUAACUUGUCUUCGAACUUUGGAAAAUUUUGUAGUGAGUAGUAGUAGCCAUGGCGGUAAAGCAUGUAGUAUUGAAAGUUUGAAAAACUUGACAAAUCUUCGGUGUCUUGGUAUUUGGGGGUUAGAAAAUGUGGCAGAUAUGGCCAAAUUGGAUAGUUUCAUUAACCCAAUUGAGGGAGUUAAGACUUUAUCAUUGUGA